UGUACUAUUGAUUAUUAUCGUUUCGAUUGUACGAUCGAAUUCGUUAUACAUCGAAUAAAUAGUAUAUGUGGUUUUCCUUGUGUAAAAGAUGAAUGGGUUUAUUAUAUUUAUUUUUUUACCUGAAAAUUAGAAUUUUAUAAAUUUGACGAAGUAACCACAUGAUGUGGUACUAUUUAAGUUAAAAACAAGAGGAAAGAAUGUUAUCAAAUAUCCAUGUGUGUAUGUGUGUGUAAAAGAUUAAGCAUUACAAUAAUUUUUUUUUUUUUUUAUUUUUUUAAAACGUAAAUGAUAUUGAAUACAUAUCGUAAUCAAAUUACAAUCUGAUAUUCUUUUUUUACCGACUUGUUUAUUCGUUUUCGUACUUUUCUGUUAGAGUUCUCUACUUGUAGAACGUUGAUUAAAGUUCUAACGUUAAUGUUUCGUAUGAUACGGUUAUAGUGUAACUUUCGUAUCUUUGAACAGGUGUUUUUUGUACGAUCAUUGAGAUUUACCAAUUUAUACGAGAUUUUAAUAUAUCUUAUAAAAUAUAACGAACUAUAAGAGACUUGUUUAGUGUUCGUUGGCAGCACAUUAUUCUCGUAGGAAUGCCAAGAAACACGAGUAUGUUUUUAUACAGGUUAUGUGUGGUGGUAACUGACAUUUUAAUUUGAUGCCAGAUAUGACAGAUCAAAUGCUUCGUAUUAAAUAACGAUUGUUUUAUCUGAUAGUGACGUAUACCGUGUAUUAUUUAAUGUGAUGUACGCAUAAAGCUUUUGUUAUUGCGUAAAUCAGUACCACCAGAUUCUCUCCACAUUAUUAAUUUCUAUUAAUCUUGAUUAGAAACGUGAAAUGUUUAAUUGUACGAUUAUUGCUCUCUUUUUUCGGAGAGUAAACUUGUUAAAUUGAAGUUAUAAAAGUGACCUUGAGAAAUAAUUUAAAAAGAAUACAUUUGAAAGUUCAUCUUACGGUGAUUUAUAAGUUACUAAAAUUUGAAUUACAUGUUUUAUGCUGUGCUUUUAAUGUAUCUAUGAUCAUAGUGCAAAAUUAUAUUGUAUUAAAAUUUUGGUACUUCUCAAGUUUCGUGUUUAUUGUAUUGUAUACUAGUAGAAUGUAUUUUAGUUUUGAUUCCGUAUAAGAACAAUAUAUAAUGUAAUAUUUACAAUAAAAAAAGGGACAUUUACUUUUUAUUAUAUUAAAUAAUAUUUGUAUGCCAACUGAAAAAAUAACAAAAUAUAAGAAGUGCAUAGUGUGAAAUAUUGCAAGUAAAUCAUGGUAAAAAAACGUGGAAUUGUGUGGAAUUAUUACGAUAAGAAGAUGGCUGGUUCUCAGGUGAUUGCAUUUUGUAAAUUUUGCAAUCAGUCGUAUAUUCAGAAUGCUACUCGAAUGGAACGACAUAUGGAAAGGUGUCCAAAGUGCCCAGAAGAUAUCAAACAACAAUUCAUACAAGUAGCUCAUAACAAGAAACAUAAAGCUAACAAUCUUGAUAAUAAAAUAAACAAUGGUUGGCCAAAGCAGGAAUCAUCUGUAGAUCACAGUAUAACUGAUAAUGAAUUGGAUGAUUUGGAUGAUUGGAAUUAUAGAAAUCAGUCUUAUUCGAAUGAAGCAUCUAAUAUAGUACAACAAAAUAUGGAUCUGGUGAUACAAAAUACAGAGCAAACUUGGGCAAAUCGAAAUAGCACAGUCGAAAACAAUGAUACGGAUACAAGUUCAGUCAAUAGGAAUUGGGAAACAAAUCAGAAUGAUACUGGAUCUGUUGUACCUGCUGGACCUGAGGAAAGGACAGGUUUGGUUCAUCAGAGGAAAUCGUAUAAUCCUAGAAGAAUAUCUCAAUGGCCAAUUUCUUCCAUGCAUGCAUCCGAUUGUUCACCUUUGCAAAGCAAAAUAUACCAGGAGCAGUUAUUAGAAAGACGUGCCUUAAGAAGAGCUGCAGAAUUGGAAUUACGACGUAAAACAUUGGAAUUAGAAAGGUUCCAAUGGGAGUAUGAAAGAGAUAAAAUUCAAACUGAAGUUCGUUGGGCACAUGAAACCCGUAUGAUGCAACUUAAAGAAGAACGAGAAAAACAAGCCAUUGAACAUAAUAGAACAAGGACAAUUUCACAUGUGGUGUAACCAAUUGUAAAUAAUGACUUAUAUCUACUGAUAAUGAACAAUAUUAUCGCAUCUCUGAAGUAUAGAAACAGAUUUUUAUAGAAGAUGAAACCAUUCCUAUUCAAACAAAAUGCACAAAAAGAUAGCAACAGAAUAUAUAAAAAUAUAUUAUAUGCUGUGUAAAGAAUAUGACUUAUGUUUAUAAAUAAUUUUUUAUCGAAAGUUUUCAUUUAACAAUUGGAAAAUAUCUUUUAACUGCACUGAACCAUGCGAAUAAAAGAAGAAUGUACUAAUGUGCUUUUAUAAACAUUCAAA